AUGCCCGCCCACAACGACAUUGAAGCUUUCCACGCCGCCCUCCGCUCCUCCCGUCGCAUCAUGGCUCUCUGCGGGGCCGGACUCUCCGCCUCCUCGGGCCUUCCCACCUUCCGUGGCGCCGACGGCUUCUGGCGAAGACGAGACGCAACCCAGCUCGCCACGACGGCCGCCUUUCGCAGCGAGCCUGGUCUCGUCUGGCUCUUCUACGCCUACCGUCGACACCUCGCUCUGCGAGCGCAGCCGAACGAUGCUCAUCGCGCCCUGGCCGCCCUGGCGCGCACCAUGGGUGAGCCAGGCUUCUUGUGUGUGACGCAGAAUGUAGAUGACCUUUCUCAACGUGCUGGACAUCCGCCGUCGCAGCUACUCCCCUUCCACGGCUCGCUGUUUGACAUCAAGUGCUCUGAUGAUCGGUGCGCAUGGCUCCAGAGAUCGAAUCGGGAUGACCCGUUCUGCCCGGCCCUGGCUUCAGCAUCCGUAGAUGCACCCCUCGGCACGGUCAAUCCCAUACUAGACCCUGCCCAGCCUAUCCCUCAGAUCGAGGCAGAUGACAUCCCUCAUUGCCCGAGCUGCAAGACUGGUCUCCAACGUCCCGGCGUUGUGUGGUUUGGCGAAGACAUCGACCAGACGGUAAUUGACAAGGCAGAUGAUUUUCUGACAAGAGAUGGCGUGGACAUGCUCAUCGUCGUUGGGACAUCGGCCCAGGUCUGGCCGGCCGCAGGGUACAUUCUCAAGGCGCGCAGGCGGGGGGCACGCAUCGCCGUCGUCGACCCUAAUGCUGAGAGCAUUGGAUCUCUGCACAUGGGCGAUUUCGCCUUUUCCAGCGACGCUGCGACGUCCUUACCUUCUUUGCUGGAGCCAGUCAUUGGCGCACCGCGACCAGAUGGAAGCUUCGAGAAGGAGUGA